AUGUCAGAUGUCAAUGACACCUCAUUCACACAUACCGUGUUCCUCCUCGCUAUGAUACCGGGGCUAGAGGACGCUCAUCUCUGGAUCUCCAUCUCCUUCUCCUUAAUUUAUGCUAUUGCGAUAGUAGGCAAUUCAGUCAUUCUGUUCAUUAUAAAAACAGACCGAAGCCUGCAUGAGCCCAUGUACAUUUUCCUUUCCAUGUUGGCCACCACAGACCUAGGCUUUUUGAUAGCCACCAUGCCGACGACACUGGGUAUAUACUUCUUUAAUUUUAGGCAGAUCAGCCUCCAUUCCUGUAUUUUCCAGGUGAACUUUGUAGCCUUUCUUCUAUACACUGAAUCUGCCGUGCUUCUGUUGAUGGCCUUUGACCGCUUCAUCGCCAUCAGUAACCCACUGAGAUACGCUUCCAUCUUAACCCUGCCGAGAAUAGCCAAGUUGGGGCUGGUGAGUGUGCUAAGAGCACUUGCCAUAAUAGUCCCAGUUCCCCUUUUCCUGAGACAGUUCCAAUAUUGUCGAGCCAAUGUCCUCUCACAUUCCUACUGCCGGAUGGAGGACAUGUUGAAAUUGGCCUGUUCGGAUAUCAGACCUAGCAGCAUGUACGGCUUGAUCAUUAAGACCUUAACAAUGGGGAUGGACUUGCUGCUCAUCUUCAUCUCUUACGUGAUGAUCCUCAAAACAGUGCUGAGCAUCGCUUCCCAAGCAGAGUGCCUCAGGGCCCUGAACACCUGCGUCUCCCAUCUCUGCGCUGUCCUGCUCUUCUACGUACCAGAGUUCAGCCUGUCUGUAAUAACCAGAUUCGUAAAGGACACUUCUCCUUUGCUUCGGAUUCUUCUGAGCUACGUCUCCCUGCUUGUCCCACCCUUGAUGAAUCCAAUCGUUUACAGCGUGAAAAGCAAACCCCUGCGUGCUAGAAUAAUGAAAGUGUUCAUCAAAUGAAGAGGCCGUUCAUCACCCCCCUGCAGCACUGGUGACAUCAGAGACAGAAAAACUUUCUAUAGUCACGUAUUCCAUCCUGGAUCGUUAUAUCUGAGAUGACAUGUUCUAC